UUGUUUUCCAACAGUUGAGCGAGUUUAGAACGAAUUGAUUCGUAUUAUUUCGAAUGUUCAAAAUCUAAUUAUUCUUAAUAGGUAUCGCCUAAUAGAAUGGAUAUUCUCAAAGCGGAGAUUGCUCGUAAGCGAAAGCUGCUUGAGGAAAAGAAGCUAGUGUAUGAAAAAAAGAAAUUCUUCAAAAGAGGCGACUUGAUCGCCCAGGAGCUUGAAGAGUACCGGGAGGAAUAUGGCCAACAAACAAGCGGAAGCGGUGAGGCGACUGCUUCGACCAACGAUGGCGAACAAUCUCCAACAAAAGACUCGAAGUAUGAUUUCCGGAACCUACCGCGUGCAGAGGUAAUUCGAAAGCUGCGCGAGCGCGGGGAACCCAUUCUGCUAUUUGGAGAAAGCGAAGUAGAUUCAUGUAAUAGAUUACACCAGCUAGAGAUUUCUGCACCCGAGAUCAAUCGAGGAUUCCGCAACGACUUCCAGGAGGCAAUGGAACAAGUGGACGAAGCGUUCUUGAACGAGAUUUUAACGUCGAACGGACAACUGGGUGGAAUGAGCAAGGGCAAAAGCUCUAACGAAGAUUUUGCUAUAGACGAUUCAGUUACGUACGAGUCGAUUCAGGAGAUGGCAGUUCGUCUUGGACGAAGUGGGAAAGAGCACGACAUGCACGUGAUAACCACGGUAAUACAGUUCGUGCUGAAAAUGUGGAAUGACAAUCUGAACUCGGGAACAACAGCGGAAAGAACUGCAACGAAAUGGAAAAUUGCUAGAGCAACCUUCGAGCAAACCCGUCUCUACCUCAAACCGUUGCUACGAAAACUACGCAAUAAAACAAUUCCGGAGGACAUUCUGGACAGCCUGACGGAUAUUACGAAAAGUUUGCUGCGUAGAGACUACAUUAGUGCAAGCGAUGCGUACCUAACGAUGGCUAUCGGAAAUGCUCCCUGGCCGAUUGGUGUCACUAUGGUCGGUAUUCACGCUCGAACGGGUCGGGAGAAGAUUUUCUCGAAAAACGUUGCCCAUGUGAUGAACGACGAAACGCAGCGAAAGUACAUUCAGGGCUUGAAGCGGCUGAUGACGAAGAUGCAGGACUACUUUCCCACGAAUCCGUCGCGCUGUGUGGAGUAUGUUAGUAAGAAGGAUGCUAAGUUCGAAUAGUUGAUUAUUUUAUUGAUGUAAGUUAUUAAGCAUAGAAUUAUUUUUGGAGAUUAGCGGUGCGUACGGUAAUUAAAGUUCUGCGGAUGAAGUAAGAUUUAUUAAACGGGGGACAUUGAAUACCAACAAGAUGUUUGUUAACGUUCAAAUCGGAGGUGUUUUGAAUGAAUAAUGCUAUUACUCAUCUGACUUUACAAAUACAAAGUUUAGCAGCACAAUUGUAUGCUGUAAGUCGA